AUGGUACGAGACCUACUGAGAUUGCCCUCCUCACUACCCUUGAUCACUGCAGGUUUCGCUACUGAUCAAGUGCAUUUGCUUGUUGGUACGGGAUCUACCGAUUCAGUGAGCGUGUGCAAGAACAGAAUACAUUCCAUUUUGAAUGCCGGUGGUAACCCCAUAGUGGUGAAUCCUUCGUCGCCAGGUCAUAUUAAACAAUUGCAUUCAGAGUUCGGUAGCUUUAAGGAAUUUCAAAUAAUUGAGAGGGAGUUUACUUUGUCAGACUUAACCACUUUGGGGAGACUCCUUGUGUGCAAAGUCGUGGAUAGAGUAUUCGUGGAUUUACCCACAGCCCAAAGCAGCCUUUGUGAUGAAAUUUUCUGGCAAUGCCAAAAACUAAGAAUCCCCAUAAACACAUUUCACAAGCCGGAGUUUUCCACAUUCAACAUGAUUCCUACGUGGGUUGAUCCAAAGGGAAGUGGUUUGCAAAUUGCCGUCACUACAAAUGGUAAUGGAUACAUCUUGGCCAAUCGGAUCAAGAGAGACAUAAUAUCCCAUCUUCCUCCCAAUAUAUCUGAAGUGGUGAUAAAUAUGGGGUACCUAAAAGACCGUAUUAUAAACGAAGACCAUAAGACUCUAUUAAAGGAGAAGUACUAUCAAACUGAUAUGUCACUGCCUGGCUUCGGCUACGGGCUUGAUGAAGAUGGUUGGGAAAGUCAUAAAUUUAACAAGUUGAUCCGCGAAUUUGAAAUGACUAGUAGGGAACAGAGACUGAAAAGAACAAGAUGGUUAUCUCAGGUAAUGGAAUAUUACCCCAUGAACAAGUUGAGCGAUAUCAAGCUCGAGGAUUUCGAAACCUCUUCGUCUUCAAACAAGAAACCAAAGCAAGAAUCUGUUUCAGAUGACAUAGCUUCUCCCACUGGUGAGAAGAUCGAAGAGGAUACCAACCAAGUACAAUUAUCGGAAAGUAGAAAGAAAGAAGAUUCUAAAACGUCCGGGAAGAUCUCAUUAGUCGGAAGUGGUCCAGGUUCGGUGUCCAUGCUAACAAUAGGUGCAAUGCAAGAGAUAAAGACUGCGGAUAUAAUUCUAGCAGACAAACUAGUGCCUCAGGCCAUCCUAGAUUUGAUUCCUUCAAAGACAGAAACGUUCAUAGCCAAAAAAUUCCCCGGUAACGCAGAACGGGCACAACAAGAACUACUGUCCAAGGGCCUUGAGUCGCUGACCAACGGAUUGAAAGUGGUCCGUCUGAAGCAAGGUGAUCCAUACAUCUUUGGUCGUGGUGGCGAAGAAUACAAUUUCUUCAAAAGCCACGGGUACAUCCCAUCCGUUCUACCAGGUAUCAGCUCUUCUCUAGCCUGUACCGUAUUGGCUCAAAUACCUGCCACACAGCGUGACGUCGCAGAUCAAGUGCUCAUAUGCACUGGGACCGGUAGAAAGGGUGCUCUGCCAAAAAUCCCUGAGUUUGUUGAAAGUAGAACCACAGUGUUCUUGAUGGCGUUGCAUCGGGCCAACGUUCUAAUCACAGAACUAUUGAAAAAUGGUUGGGACAGUGAUGUUCCCGCUGCAAUCGUUGAGAGAGGUUCGUGUCCGGACCAACGUGUCACUAGGACCCUCCUCAAAUGGGUUCCCGAGGUGGUGGAGGAGAUUGGUUCAAGACCUCCUGGCGUCUUGGUUGUAGGUAAAGCUGUGAAUGCAUUAGCUGAUCACGAUCUAGUAAAUUUUGAUGAAUCAAGAAAAUUUGUGAUUGAUGAAGGUUUCAGAGAAUUUGAAAUUGAUAUAGAUAGUUUAUUUAAAUAG